CCUGUCACAAGCUGUAAUUAACCAGGGCAAGGCUGGUUAAAGGGUAAAAAGCGGGAUAAAGUGAUGGUACAUAAAGGCCCAGCUGCAUUCUUACUGACUAGGAGUGGACACAGUAGAGGACCAAAGUCUACAAUGAAGCUCUUUGUGUGUUGUCUGCUGCUGCUACCAUUUGCAAACUUGGUGGUAACGGCCCCAACUAGAGCUCAAAGAGAAAAUGUGCUAAGCUUCCUCACCGAGGCAUUUGGCGCAGCUACUGAAAAGACCGUGCCUGCAAACAUCACAGCAUAUCGAUACCCUCCAAGUAGACCUGUGAAAGAGCCUGAUUCUGAAGAUCUGUCAAAAAACCAUGACAGCGAUGAGAUCGUGGUUCCUGAAGCUGUGGAAAAAGAGAAGCCUCCAUCGAGGGGGACAGCAGGAGCGAGCAAAGACGAUAAUCUGAGCCGAGAGCACGCUCAACAGCCAGCAAGCAGAGACCUCACUAGUGAGGAAGAAGUGAUGCUGAAAGCUCAGGUGGCUGCGAACGUGUCCGGCAAACGUGUUUUUGCCAGCCCAGACUUCCAGGCAGAAGCAGGAGGAGUUACCAGGAUGAUGUCGGCUCCGGGUCGAAGCAGAGAAAUGCUUGAUCCGGACAGUUUGGAAAAGAACACCGGCAGGCUGGCUGCAGCGGUCAGCAGCAAACACACAGGCUGUGAUGAGCAGAGACCCUGCAGCUCAUCUCUUCCAGCCAAGAGCCGAACCACCUGAUGAUCAAACCGAGAUUGUUUUUCUUCCUCAUAAUGAGUCAGGAGCCGCCAUCUGUUGACUCAUCGGAGGCAGACAGGCUGCUUCCACAUUCAGAUGUUUCUGGGGCUUUUUCAUCUUAAAUUAGAUUUUUUUUUACAUGCAUUUUCUUUUUUGUAACCUGAUCAUGUGAACAAAAUGUGAGAAAUAAAGAGGCUUUUGACAA